UGGCGGCAUUUCUUCAGCGAAGUUUUCCUCCCCGAAGGAUACCCUGCCACUGUAUCGGAAGUCUUGCAAGGUGAAGCAGUCUCUUGUUGUCACCGCGAUAAAUGGGCUGAUGGCAUGGGGAUGGCAGGUCACGGAGUUGGAGAUGCGUCUGCGUCCGCGACAAACGCGAUUCUUUUGACAGUGCUCCAAGACGUUUUCAGUCGACUCACAACCAUCGUUGGCGGUUACUACCUCGGCACCUCCCUUACCCCCGAAGCGAAGACGUAUCGCCUCCUUGCAGAUGUCUUGAAUGAUGCCGCCAUCAUCUCAGACACGCUAUCGCCAUACCUGGCGUUUGUUACGUUAUCGACUCAAUAUCCUUUCGUGAGGCCCGGCGCAAGCUCGUCUCUACGCGUGGUAGCGCUUUGUCUCAGCGGAGCGUUCCGCGCUCUCUGCGGCGCUGUCGCCGGAGGCUCUAAGGCUGCGCUGACUGUGCAUUUUGCUACAGACGGCGAAAGGCCGGGAGAUGUGGGAGACCUCAGCGCUAAGGACGGCAGCAAGGAGACCGUUCUUGCAUUGCUCGGUAUGCUCUGCGGUUCGGUCGUGGUGCACUAUGUGCAUAGCGCGCAAGCUACCUACGCUGUUCUCUUUGCUCUGGUCUUCUUCCAUCUCGCCUUCAACUACAUGGCUGUACGUGUGAUAUCCAUGCGGUACUUUAACAGGCAGCGCGCGAGCAUCGCGUGGCAAAAAUAUCGCUCCUCAUUUGAUGCCCAGGGGAAACCCGCUUCCAAGGCAGAGGUGCCUGGCUAUAUCGCUGUCUCUCGCCGCGAGGAGAUAUUCACCGACGCGUCAUGGAUAGACUGCGGGAGUGCUCCGCCCGCGCGGGUGGCUCUAGGCGUUCCUUUUGCAUUACUGAGGCAGCCUUGCUCAGCGAUGUGGAGAUCGUUGCGCUUCUCCACGUUUUCGCAGACGAAAAGUACAUUCUAUCCAUAGCAUCAGCGCCCUCUAGCCAGCUAUCCAUUCUCGUCAGCUUCAAGGAGGGGCACCAGGCACGCGAUCAUCUUAAAGCGUGGGCGCACGCGCACGAACUGGCCUGGAUGUGCGGAGGAAAGACGCCUUCGAAUUUUGAUUCGCAGCUCUCAGCCGUGAGUGCGGCGCUGGAGAGCGUCUCACAUAUCUUUCCGGGAUUCGUGGAAGCUGCGAAAUCUGUUGGUUGGAAGGUUGAUGAAGGUGUGCUGCUGGGAGGGUCCCCGGUAGCGCUGUCAAUCGAGUUGCUUGAUGGUAGAUCAGGAAAUAGGGACGAUGCAUGACGUAGUACGAGUGCGUACACUAGGAAACAUAUAUAGCGCGGCUCCCC